AUGUCGAAUUUGAGCACUUCAUCCGGUUCAGAGCUGGCCUGGCGGUUGAAAGCUAUCGGCGACGUUGAGCAGAAAAUAGCUGAAUUGAUCAGACAUGCGCAAACAUGUAUCAAUGAACUGAGUAAGGAGAAACAAAUCAGCAAAUCUAAGAUGGAGGAAGCAUCAUCAGCAUUCAAAAAGUGUCUUAAUUCUAUCGAGAGUGAUCUAAGUGCUCAAAUGCAAUAUUUAAGUCAUGUUUGUGUUGGCACUGCCCAUCAAGGUUCAACUUUUGCAAGCCAGCAGAAUAUAGCUCUUGCGGAGCAAACAUUAGUUUCUUUAAAAGAUCGAUUAUCAGCUAUACAGCACAUUUACCUCCCUGUUAUAACAGAUGUCUCAACAACAAGAUGA